AUGGCCCAUCUUCUGGAACCGAGCUCUUCUACCGAGGUGUGGAAAAGUCAGCUCUGUGCCUGUCCCUGGAGCUGCCGGCUAUCAGCAGAGCCCACGCUCUUCAUGGAAAGCCCCAUGCCGUGGUCCCCUGGUGAUGGCAUCCGACAGUGACGUGAAGAUGCUCCUGAACUUUGUGAACCUGGCGUCCAGUGACAUCAAGGCGGCCCUAGACAAGUCCGCGCCGUGCCGCCGCUCCGUGGACCAUCGCAAGUACCUGCAGAAGCAGCUCAAACGCUUCUCCCAGAAGUAUUCCCGGCUUCCUCGGGGCCUCCCCGGCAGAGGCACCGAGCCUCACCUGAAAAGGGGACCCGAGGACCAGCCUGGGAGGCUGCUCCUCGAUCCCGGCCAUGAUUCCAGUCCUGGCGUGGUGGGGGGCUGCAAGGAGAAGGCUCUGGGGAACCCCUACAGGGAGGAAUGUCUCUCUAAGGAGCAGACCUUACAGAGGCAGAAUCCAGAAGCUGCCAGGCCUGGCCAGGUGCCCAUGAGGAAAAGACAGCUGCCCGCUUCCUUCUGGGAAGAGCCUCGGCCCACCCACAGCUACUCCCUGGGGCUGGAGGGGGAGUUGGGUCCCAGGGAGGGAUCUCCCUAUGAGGGUAAGAAACACUGUAAAGGCUUGGAGCCCUUGGAUCCUGAGAUGGCCCCCGUGCCUGCAUCCCCAAGGGCACCAGCUGGCAAGGAGCCACUGAAGAUGUCUGGGGUCUCCCUGGUGGGCCGUGUCAAUGCCUGGGGCUGCUGCCCCUUCCAGUACCAUGGACAGCCCAUCUACGCUGGCCCCCCAGGGGCCUUGCCUCAGAGCCCCGUCCCCAGCCUGGGCCUGUGGAGGAAAAGCCCAGCGUCCCCUGGGGAGCUGGCCCACUUCUGCAAGGAUGUGGACGGGCCGGGGCAAAAAGUGUACAGACCCGUGGUUCUGAAGCCCAUCCCUACCAAGCCGGCUGUGCCCCCGCCCAUCUUCAAUGUUUUUGGCUACCUCUAG